CGCCGCGGGAGGAUCGGGCUGGGCUGGCCUCGCCUCGGUUGGCUUCAGCUGCCACCUGCCGCGCGGCCACUAUCCAGCCUCCUUCGGUCCUUCCCCUUCCCCAGCAGCAGGCUCCGGCCGCAGCCAUGCCCAAGCCACCGCCGCCCACCUCCGACCCCUCGCUCCCCACCACCACCACCACCUCGACCCCCAAGUCGUCGUCCCGCCCUGCCCCCGCGGGGCUCCUCGAUCCGCUCGCCGCCUCCGGGCGCUCCCUCCUCGCCUCGGCGCGGCGCUCCCCGGUCACCACGCUCGCCGGCGCCUUCUUCCUCCUCGCGCUCGUCAUGUACGGAGAGGACGCCCGCACCAUCGCCGAGCUCUCCAUCGACGACUACCUCUACCCGGACGCCGAUCUCUACAACGUCUCCGGCCUGCCGCCCCUUGCGUUGCCCCCGCCUACCUGCGACCUCUCCAGUGGCCGCUGGGUCUUCGACAACGCCUCCGUCCCGGCGUACAGGGAGAAAGACUGCACCUUCCUCACCAAGCAGGUCACCUGCCUCGCCAACGGCCGCCCCGACGAUAUGUGGCAGUACUGGAGAUGGCAGCCCAGUGACUGCUCCCUCCCCACUAGGUUCGACGCCCGGAGAUUCAUGGAGGCGAUGCGCGGGAAGCGGCUCAUGUUCGUGGGGGACUCGCUGAACCGCAACCAGUGGGAGUCGCUGGUGUGCCUGGUGCAGCCCAUCCUGUCCAAGGGCAGGAAGAAGAUCGUCAAGCGGGGCUCCCUCAACACCUUCUACGCCAAGGAGUACCGGGCCACGCUCGAGUUCUACUGGGCGCCCUUCCUCGUCGAGUCCAACUCUGACAACCCCAACUUCCACAGCAUCAAGGAACGGAUCAUCAGUCCCGAGAGGAUCGAGGCGCACGCCAGGAACUGGAAGGACGUUGAUUACCUCAUCUUCAACACCUACAUCUGGUGGAUGAACACCGCCGACAUCAAAGUCAGGAGACCGAACUCGAGGUAUUGGUCUGAGAACGACGAGGUUCCCAGGAUUGAGGCGUAUGGUCGGGUGUUCAAGACGUGGUCUGAUUGGCUCAAUAACAACAUCGAUCCUGCCCGCACGUCCGUCUUCUUCAUGACGAUUUCUCCAAUUCACAUCAGCCCGCAGAAUUGGGGAAACCCGGGAGGGAUCAGAUGCGUGAAGGAGACGCUUCCUUAUCAGAACUACAGCCAACCCCUGGAUCUUUACCAUGAUAUGCGGUUGUAUGACCUAGUGAUCAAGGUUGCCAGCUCCAUGGAGAAGGUCCCGGUGUCAGUGAUCAAUAUCACAAAGAUGUCAGAUUACCGGAAGGACGCCCACGCGUCCGUGUACACCAUCCGGCAAGGGAAACUGCUGACGCCAAAGCAGAAGGCAGACCCAGAGAAAUUCGCGGACUGCAUCCAUUGGUGCCUUCCCGGCGUGCCGGACGUGUGGAACCAAAUACUCUACACGAGGAUUCUUUCAAAAUCACCAUGGCGUUCUAAUUUUAGUCCCCCUCCGUCCCAGUCCACACCUCUUCCUCCCCAAUGAUUGGAGAAUGUAGGAUUAUCCUUUUUGUUUUACUUUUUAGGUUAGAUUGAGUAUAGGUUAGCGGAGAAAGGAAAAUGGAUGUGCUGAUUACUGAUGGUAUGUAAGAAGGUUCAGCUGAAGUGUAAGUUAGUUGUGAGUCAGCCAAUUCAGGAAACAACAGCGAUCUAGUACAAGGUGCACCAUGGAUAUGAUACUAUACUAUACACCAAGUAUAUGCCACUGCGUUGCUAUGGAAUCAUUAUAUCUAUAUGUUCCUACGAC